AUGCUGCAGCCAAACAUCCUGCUCACCUGUACACCAGGGGUUGGAAAAACUACACUAGGCAAAGAACCUGCAUCAAGAUCAGGACUGAAAUACGUUAAUGAGAGUGAUUUAGCUGAAGAAGGGCAACUAUAUGAUGGCUGUGAUGAAGAUUAUGAUGGUCCCGUUUUAGAUGAAGAUAGAGUUGUUGAUGAGGUAAGAAAACCAGAUGAAAGAAGGUGGAGUUAUGGUGAUUUCCAUGGUUGUGAUUUCUUCCCUGAACACUGGUUUCAUACAGCUUUUGUGCUGAGAACAGACAAUGGUGUAUUGUACAAAAGACUUGAAACAAGAGGUUGUAAUGAAAAGAAACUACAAGACAAUAGUCACUGUGAAAAUUUUCAACCUCUUUAUGAAGAAGGCAUAGCAUCUUACAGAGAAGAAAUAGAGCAUCAGUUGUUCAGGAAUAAUCCAGAAGAGCUAGAGAAUAAUAUAAAUCAGAUAUUGAAAUGGAUAGAAAAAUGGAUCAAAGAUCAUAGCUCUUAA